AUGACUAUUACAGAAGUUGGUUGCAUGGUUGUCAAGCCCGACUUGGACGUCAUGAAUGAUUCUACGCCCGAGGGUCAAAUUCUGACUAGAACAUGGAACACUGUUCUGAGCAAGCCUGGUGGCCCUCAAAGAGUUUACUGGGGCUUAGAAUCCAAAGAUCCGUCCAGACUCUGGGCCUUUUUCGACUUUGAGUCUGUUGAACAACACCAACAAUUCGCUCAAGAAUACGGCGCAGAUGCUGUCAAGGAUAUCCCCAAGAUCUGUACUCAUGGAGAGUUUACAAAACACGUCAAGUUAGACCCCUCCUCAGAGGUUUUCGGGUAUGCCAAGGCAGAGGCCAUAUUGGUAUACUUUCAAGAUGAUACUACGGAAGAUAAACGACAUGCUCUCGCGUUGCAAGUCAAAAAGAUAUUCGAUCUCACAUUUAACCAUUUCCCUGGUGUUGAAGGGGUUGCUUGCGGAUGGGGUGUGGAGAAGGACUUCCCGGCACCAAAUGAAAAUGGCCAGCCCAGAGCGGUUCUGAUGGCGGUUGUGGGAUGGGAAAAUGCUGAAGUGCAGCGGAAUCAUUCUGAGGAAGAUGGUCAUCAAGAGGCGAUUAGCAUGAUUGCUGGGUUGGAAGGAUGUACCAGUUUUGAUACUUUCACCAUCAGCUGUCGCCAUCUGACGAGGUCCUGA